AUGCGACGCCGGAUCGUGGAGCGGGUGUAUGUGACGUACGUCUUGAACAGUGCGAAGCCCACAACGGCAGUGGCACUCAAAAUGGUGAGUGAGUGCGAGCGAGCCCACCCAAGUGCUUUCGUGAGAGCGGCGGUUAGAGGAUGCCCCCUGCCGCUUGCACUAGGGACUGCGGUGGGGGCUGCCUUAGGCUUUGCCACGGGUGCUGCAGGGAGGUGCGCAACGGCGGCUGUGUCGCCAAGCGGAGGCGCGGUAGUCGCUGCUUCUGCCUUUGCUGGCGUCACGGUUAGUGCUUUCGCCGGUGGCGUCGGUGGCUUUGGUGCCGGUGGCGUCGGUGGCUUUGAUGCCGGUGGCGUCGAAGGCUCUGGUGCCCUGGAGGCGGGCGUGCCAGCCAGGCCGGUCAGAAUGCUUUCCCUCACAGAGGGCAUUACACGGUGCGGCGUGUGUUUGUGCUUCUCCGCCGCCAAGAAGACCCAGAGCAUCGGCGUCACGACAGUCGCCGUCGCCACUGUGGGAACAAUAAGGCCGCCGGGAAACAUUUUCCGUUGCCACUCCUCAAUGCAGCAAGCCGCGAUGUAA